GUAGCGCACAAUAGAAACCUCAACGGACAUGUAGAAACAUAAACCCAGACGCGUUCACAGCGUUUUAUUCUUCCCAAUUUGAAACCUUUUCUCUGUCCUUUCUUCUUUACUUCUUUCACUCCCUUUUCUUGAACUUCAGCACCGCCUCAAAUAUCGCAAAAUCAGAGGUUUUUGCUUCGGAAAAUUUGAAAAUGGAAGGUGCAGACCCCAGCAAUCAUAGUAAAAGAAGCCUCCGAAGAAACAGCAACAGCCACAUAUCAAUGUCGGAUACCGAGUCAACCACCAGCCAGGUCGAUUCUUGGCACUCCCCUCUGCGAUCCGAGUCGCCGCUGCGCUCCGACGACCCUUCUUUUCUUCCGGAAAACGAUGAUUCCGGCAGCAAGAACAGCAGGUCCCUUGUCGUGGUCGAUAAGUACUACUCUCCCGUGCCGUCCCCCGGGAAGUCCAGUGUUCCGGCGGGUUCUCUGGCUGCCGGGGGAAAGGGGCGGCGCCCGUGGCCCCAUUCGGAGAAGCCCACUUCGGAGAAUCUUGAUUUGCCGACGAGUUUCCCGGCAGAAGGGGGGAAGGAUGGUCGGAGAGAAGGCAUUCCAGCGGAGAAGCCUGUGGCCGAGAAUCUUGAUGUUCCGGAGAAGGGGACGUCUCCGGUGGUUGUCGGACUUAACAAAUUCGUGAGGGAGGAGCAGCCUCCAGACGUGAAGAAGGUGGGGCCGGUUGGUGGUGACGGUCGGGGUUUGGAGGAGGGGUAUGGAGGCGGCCGCCGUGAGAAUGAGGUGGGCGGAGAGACGCGGUCAAGGGCGGCGGUAGCGUCGAUCUUGAAGAGGUCGGAGAGGGAUGUGGCUGUCAAGAAGGUGGCAUUGGCGUUUAGAGUGUUUGAGGUGAUUGCUUGUUUGAUUUCAUUUUCAGUCAUGGCUGCUGAUAAGACUCAAGGAUGGAGCGGCGAUUCCUUCGAUCGAUAUGUAGAGUACCGAUAUUGUCUAGCUGUAAAUGUUAUUGGAUUCACGUAUUCCAGUUUUCAAGCAUUUGAUCUCGCAUACCAUUUGGGCACGGGGAAGCACGUCUUCACUCACCAUCUUCGUUACCAUUUUGAUUUCACAAUGGAUCAGAUACUAGCGUACCUUCUGAUGUCAGCAUCAUCUUCAGCAGCUACCAGGGUAGACGACUGGAUUUCAAACUGGGGCGGGGAUGAGUUUACAUUGAUGGCCAGUGCAUCAAUCGCUAUAUCGUUCCUAGCUUUCAUCGCCUUCGCCUGCAGCUCCCUCAUGUCCGGUUACAACCUCUGCAACCGGGAUUCAACUUGAUCUCUCAUCAGUAUGUAUCAAAAUCUUUGCUUCUUUUUUCUUUUGAAAUUAUUGCACGAAUAUUACAACCGCAAACGAAUACAGAAUCUGUACAUACAUAGCGAUAGUAGACUAGGAAUUUCUUGCCUUAGGACGCAGCGUCAUCAUCGUCCGGCUGAAUAAAUGAUUCUGCUGUAUCAAGCAGUAUUUCUCCAUGUUUCUCCUUUGAAAGAAAGCGUUUAGUACAUGUUUACAAUCCAAAUA